AUGAAUUGGGAACCCACGAAAGUAUUCUUACGAGGAAAGGUUGUUAAACCCUUCUUACCUUUCGAAAAGCAUCCUGACUUAAAUAAUGAUAAUUUGAAAAAUUUAUAUCCCGGUGACGAAGUGUACAUUUUUGAGACAACAUUUAACGGUAGAUGGGCAAGAGGACAUACAAUCAGCAACCCAUUUCCAAGUGAUUUCACUAUCACAUCUGUUAACCUUGAUGAAAUACCAAGACAAAACAUUGAUGUUGUAGUAUUUCCAUUGAAAUAUAUCCAAAUCGUUGAGGAAGUACCAUUAUCGUCCACAGUUGAGAAUGAAGUCAAAGACUCUGAAAAUGGAGGUGCAAUUCCUUCUAUCCAAGAUUUUGAAUUGGCACAUAGGCAAGCAUUAGAAGGUACCUCCGAUGAUAAUGGGAAUUCUUUCAGAACGCGUAUUCCACCCCUUCCCAUUACAACUUUUGAUGAGAAUAAUGAUUUAAUUGCAGAAAUGAAAUACGCCCUUGAGUUAUUAACAUCGCAUAUAUUUGCUUUAUAUUCAAUUGGAGAAUUUAGGUUAUUCCAUAAAUUAUGCCAGAUUUAUUACACUUUGGGUGAAACUAGACUUAAAUUGUUAGGGAACGUUCUAAGCUCAAGUGAAUCACAAGUAGCUAAAGCGACUGCUAUCCUUUUGUUAAAUAAGAUUCCAAAGAUGCUUGCGUCGCACAGUGAAAGAUUUGGCGUCCAAUUAUUUGAUCUGAAUGAUGAAAAAGCAGAUUCAUCAGGUUAUAAAGCAAUCUUAGCAAGAGAUGCAUUAACAGGUAAUUUGUUGUCGAAUUCCAAUGCUAUACCCCCAAGAAUUGCAUUAAACCAAGUUUUAUGUUCAUUGUCCCCUGAAUUCCCUAUCAAUGCACACGUCGAUAAACUUAGUUAUUCCCUUACUCCUCAACCCAAUCAGAGACUCGUUCCCAAACUGGCAUCACACCUUCUAAUAGACUUCAAGUCUCUCCAAGGGUCAUCGAAGCAUCAACCGACUGGAUUCUCAGGCAUGGUUGUAUAUUUUUACAUUCGUUAUGAUCGUGUAAGGUUAACUGAGACUUUUGCAGUAAAAGUUGAUGCUUCUGACUCGUUGAUCAAUUCUGAAGAAAUGCAAGCUGCGUUGUUCAAGAACAUACCAUCGAACGAAAUUACUUCGGGUAAUGUCUAUUUAGUAGCAGUGGUCACUGAAGAAAUUGAAUUAAGUACAAAAGAUAGAACAAAGGACGCCCAAGUGAAAAGUAUCAAGAAGGGCGUUGCUGCAGGUGUUGCAGACGUUACCAAACUUUUCACUGAAGAAUAUGUUUCAAAAUCUUCAGAUGAGCACUUAUUUAAAAUUAGACUCUUUGGAUCUUACAUGGACCAGAAUAAAGACUCGAAAAACUAUCGCUUCGAUAAUAUUGUAAAUAAUGGUUUUGGUGAAGUUGUUGAUAGAAUAAUUGAGGGAUCAAAGACUGGUAUUGCCAUUAAUCCAAGAACUGAAAGUUUAACUGUUUCAAUAAAAGAUUUUAAGCAUCAAAUUAAGACUGUUCUCGAUGCUGAUGAUAAUACUCCAAAAUCCAUUCCUAGGAUUAGCCCAGUCUAUUUCGAUCCAUUAACAGAGAAAUAUGAACGUCUUUAUUUGAGGAUGGGAAAGGUUACUUUGUUGGAUGGCGAUGUCACGGAAGAUUUAUUAACAAUUGAAGCCAGUUCUCCAGGUAAUAGUUUGAUUUCGUUUGCAAAAGCAUCUAACGAAAGCUUCCAGAAAAAAUGGCAAUUUUUAACAGUUUGUCCAAAUGAAUCAAUAGGGGAAAUAAUAAAAGUCCAUGGCGUUGAGUUAAAACAUGACGACACAAUUGAGGAUCAAUUUAUUCUCUUUUCCUUAUACUCUAACGGGAAAUUAACAGCUGAAGGGAAACUUGUCUAUAAGUCGAAAAAUCAACCAGUUAGAAUUGAUAGUAAGAACCACAUUAUUGAACUUAAAUGCGUUAUUCAAGGGUCAACUAUAGCAAGUGUAAAAAUAUCUACGGAUUAUGUUGGUAAAGCUUUCAACUAUGAUAUAGUCAUUGAUAACGUAUUUCAGUAUGAAAAAUUUUUCGAAAACGGGGAAGAAGGUAUUCUGCAAUUAAAUUCUUCAUUGAUUGCUUUUAAAGGAUUAGAAUUAAAUCAAUUGGUGAAGUAUUUUAGGGAAUUAUUGAAGGACUUGUUUUCUAUUGUUGAAACUUCAACAAAGCAAGAAUCGUCUCCCUCUAUUGACGAGUUGAAGUGGUCAACUUUCAUUGCAAUUGUACAUUUAUUAGAUAUUAUUUUUGGCAAACAAAGCCGCUAUUUAUAUUUGCUUGAUACCUUCAUGGAAAAGCAAAUUCGUUUACCGCCUGUGGGAACCUAUAUUUUAGAAUGUAUAUCUAUUGUUUUGUCCCAAGCAGAAAAAAAAUGGGAUUCAAGCUCGAAAGCAUUGUGCAGAGUCUCUCCUAUUCUUAUGAAAUUUGCAGUUCUUUCAAUGGAUGGUGUUACAGACCUAGGACAAUAUUUCAAAUCUUUGAUUCGCAUGUCCAUGUCAGGUUCAUAUUUCCUUUCUAUUGACUCGGAAACCUUUGUCACUAGUCAGGUCAUAAUUUUGGAAAUUCUUGAUGAUGUACUUUCUCGUAAUCUUCAUAUUGGCGGUGUUGAAACUUUGAAAUUCUUUGUGAACUAUCUUGAUUCGGUUGGAAUUAGAGGGUUAGGAAUUGAUGAGGAUCUAUAUUCCACUAAUCAAACGGUUGCUACUGAGAAAGAUCAUAGAAUUAUUCUUAGUAAAUUAUUAUUAAUUUACCGUCUUUUCAAUACAUUUUUGAUCAAUGAUGCUCCUUCACGUAAGCUUUUGAUCUCCAAGGCAGUUGAAUGGGCAAUGCAAAUUUUGCAAGGUCCAAUAGACGUUGAAGCUUCAAGACUCGCAUGUGGUAUAUUGAAUGCUGUUUGUUCGCUUAUAUGGAAGACUGUUUUUGUGGAGGGCCAUUUGGAUGAAAUUCCAUUAUGUUAUUCUUUGAGUAAAUUUUUACCUGCAAUAUCAGGAGUUUUUCUUAGGUACAACAAGUUCACUAGAGGUAAUGAAAGUUUUAAACCGAAGAGAACAUUUAGUCCAUUAUUCCCAACAGAAUAUCCAUUUAAGGAAAUAUCUGUUGAUCCGGUGGUGGGUGAAGAAGUUUUGGUUGAAGUUUUAGUCGAAAUGGCAGUUGUGUUUUGCUUUAUUGCAAAGAUUGGCAAAGAAUCUGCUGGAGAAGCUGGUUUUAAAAAGGUACUCGAUACAGAAGUUGAAGGGGAUUUCUUUGAAUCUUCCAAGUAUCUAGUAAAUGAAUUUGGAAGUAAAGACUUGAUCAGUUUAAUAUCUGGUGUGAAUCUUAUAAGACAAGGUAGGUUUAUACCUGAGAAUAAAUGGUUAUCCUUGAGUUCUCUUUUUGUUGAAGGUUGCUUAGUUUCUUUGGAGCUCAUAAAGCCUUUGCUCCACUCAUAUCAUAUCCCUGGGGUUGAGAACCAAGAGAACUUCGAAAAAGUUCUUUGGGGUAAUUAUUUGAGAUGUUUACUAAGGUUGGCUGUUGUUACACCAGUAUCUAUUGAAUACUUGUCCGAUGGUCCAAAAAAGGCGUGUUAUCAAAUUACAGGCAAUAUUCGUGAUCGAAUUGCUCGUAUAUUAGAUGAGUCCUGGGAUAAUUUGGCUUGGAAUUCCAAUCAAGAUGACUACGUAAGAUUUAAUAUUAAACGAUUCGGAGGCUACCAAUUGAAAUUCAUAAAUACUGAAUAUGAUAUACUUCGCGACUUGAUGUUAUUUGCUUUACAGAAAGAUUCAGAGUGUCAAGCAGUAGCUGUUAAAAUAUUAUGGUCGAUUAUGGUAUCCGAAUUUAUUGCAAAGGAUUCAAUUGUUGAUGUUGAAAAGGCAUGUCUUCUCGGGUUAAAAGAAAUAUACUAUAGGAAUGGUUAUAAGCCAAGUUUAAUUGAACAGCAAAAGUUUAUUGAUGGAUUAAAGCUGGUAAUCAGACUAGAUAGUGAGGAUGAAGCUUUCAGGGUUGUCUAUACUUUUACCGAGACUUUAGACGGGUUUCUAAGUGCUUUGAAUGAAUAUAAUACAGUCCCUGUUGGACCUGAAUUUAACGACGAUAGAUCAUUCCAUCUAUUGAAUAUUAAAGCUUAUUUGAAAAAUGCUAAUAAACCUGAAUUGUUUGAUUCGUUCAUUAAUACUAUGUACGAGGAGAAUCUUAAGAAAAAGGAUUAUAUUCAAGCUGCUUUAAGUUUAGAAUUAUUGGCUUCGACAUGUACUUGGGAUCAUGGAGUAGUUCUACCCGCAAGUUUAAAACCUAAGUUUCCUCAACAAUCAUCAUUCGAAAGGAAAGAAACAUUAUUUAAUAUGAUUGCCAAAAACUAUAUUAGAGGUAAUAGCUUGGAAAGAGCUACUGAUACUUAUAAUGAAUUAUUGGAUUCUUAUAAUUUACAUACAUAUGACUUGAAAAGUUUUGCUAACGUACAUGGCAAACUUGCAAAGUUAUAUUUAGAUCUAGAGACUUCGGAUAAGUUGAGUCCAUCAUUCUUUAAAGUUGCGUUUAUUGGGGCUGGUUUUCCAAAAAAUAUUAGAGGGAAAAUGCAAAUCUAUGAGGGCCUACCAUUUGAACAUAUCACGUCGAUGCAUGAAAGAUUGUUGAAAUUGUAUCCUGGAGCAAGAAUCAUUACAGAUGAUGCGGAAGCACAGAAAUUAAAGGAGAGAACCCAAACGGGUCGGUACUUGUAUGUCUGUAGUGUUGAACCUGUUAACGAGAUUUCUGAUAAGCUUCUUAAUGCGUCCAUUGGUGCCAGACAAUAUGCAAGGAACAAGAAUUUAAGAGUUUUUACAUCGAUGAGGAAAUUGCCAGGUGCAACAUCUGUUUUUGAUUUAUGGACCGAAGAAGCUACGUAUGAGACUUUCCUUUCUUUCCCAACUUUAAUGAAUAGGAGUGACAUUAAAAGCAAAGUGGUUGUUAAAUUGUCACCUUUGGAUACUGCUAUUAGAACAGUCGUAAGUAAGAACAAUGAUUUGCUACAAUCUGAAAAUUUGCUUACCAAUGCGUUUAAAGAAAACGCAGAGUAUUCAACAUUUUUAGGAGAUUUAUCUAGACUACUUGCUGGUACGGUUGAUUCUCCUGUCAAUGGUGGAGUUGGGCAAUAUCGUAAUUUCAUCUAUGAUAAUGAAUACAGAGGUGAUAAGCAUCUUGCAUCGCGCAAAUUAUUAAGCGAUGCCUUCAACGAAUUGAGCACCAUUUUGAACAGAUGUUUACAUUUACAUGCGAAGCUAGUCACCCCCGACAUGAGAGCGUCCCAUGAAGUGUUAGUCGAUUUAUACAAGAAGAAUUUUGCUCAGGAAAUUGAGAGUCUAAACAUUUCAACCGACUAUUCGUCUGCUUUCAAUCGCAGCAUACAAUACACCUCGCCAGUUGCUUCUCAAAAUACAGGAGAUAAGCCAUCCAUAUCCACCGGUUCUGGGUUAUCUGGUAGAUUUGCAGCUCCUCUUAAACAAGCUAGUUCCAACAAUGGUUCCUCAUCGAGUAUAUCGGGCCGUUCAAAUGUCUCCGCCAAUGGUUCGGCCGCCAAUGGCUCGUCCAUCAGUGCAGUUAGCCAAUCGAGCAAACUUACAGCACUCAACUGGAGAAAUAUAGUCAGAAGAAAUUAG